AGUCACACAUACAUGAGAUGAGCCCCACCCAAACACCUUAUGUACGGCCUACACACUAUUAAAUAAUGUGUAUCAGCAAAAAUGAAGUAUUCUGCAAGUAUAUUUGUACUGGUAGUCCUUGUGUUUGGUUUUACUGAUUGUCAGUAUCAGCCUACAUGGGAUUCACUGGAUAAACGACCAUUACCAGACUGGUAUGAUGAAGCUAAGGUUGGUAUAUUCAUGCAUUGGGGAGUGUAUUCUGUGCCAAGUUUUGGGUCUGAGUGGUUCUGGUACAGAUGGAAGGGAACUAAGGCAUCUAAAUACAUUGAAUUCAUGGAAAAGAACUAUCCACCUGGUUUCUCAUAUGCUGACUUUGCUCCAAUGUUCAAGGCUGAGUUCUAUGAUCCUGCAAAAUGGGCAGCUCUCUUCCAGCAAUCAGGAGCAAAGUAUGUUGUACUGACCAGUAAGCAUCAUGAGGGUUUCACUAACUGGCUUAUAGAUACACUGCAGAAUCACAAGUGGGAAAAUGCAUUUACAAUUGAUAGACAUUCUUGGGGCUUUGUACGUGCAUCUACUUUAAAAGAUUAUUUAUCCAUAGAGAAAAUAAUAGAGCAAGUUGUGACAACUGUCAGUUGCGGUGGUAAUGCAUUGAUUAACAUUGGCCCAACUCAUGAUGGAAGAAUAGUACCUAUAUUUGAAGAAAGGCUCACACAACUAGGAACAUGGCUAAAGAUGAAUGGUGAUGCAAUCUAUUCCACAAAACCAUGGAAGCAUCAGAAUGACAGCAGUACUGGCAGUGUAUGGUAUACCAAUGGUAGUGCUGUGUAUGCAAUUGGACUGGAAUGGCCUGAUAACAAUAUCAUUAAGCUUGGUUCAAUAAAGCUCUUGGAGUCUUAUACUGCUACACUAAUAGGUUAUGGAAAAGUAAAGGCUGCAACUGAUGGUUCUGGAGAUGUUAAAAUUACCUUGCCUUCUCUUCCAUUGAACACUCCAUUACGUUGGGCUUAUGUCAUUGCAUUUACUGAUGUAGCACCCAAAUGAUGUCAAUAAUUAUAGCUGUUUAUUUUAAAUGCUGUACUUGUUGCUAUUGGCUAUUACACCUGCAUUGCAUAAAAGAAUAUUUAAAGAUUAUUGUUUGAAUUUGUUUCACAA